GAACGGAACACAGCCGAACGACAUUUGAGAGUGAGAGAGGAGAGCUGAUUGUUGAGCCCAUCGUUGUUGUAAACUUUAGUCCAUUAGAGAUCUCAUUGACAGGCAGUUCAACUCGAUUCGGUUCGUUUUGUUUAUUUGUUUGUUUCGAAGCAGUGUGUGAGUUUCUCGAUUGGUAUUCGAUGUCAUAGCGUACAGGAACUGUUGUGAAUCAAAAUCAGUCAUCGCAUCGUGUGUUAUGUGAACAUAAUUUCAUUUUAUUCGCAUUGUUGUGCACCUUGUUCAAGACCAUUGCGUUGAGUUUUUCCUCUCUCUCUCUUUCUCUCUCACUGAACUUAAUCGACACAGCAAACACAUUGAUAAAAAUAUAUCGAAAAUGUACGGCAUUAUGAACGACGACGAUAGCGGCAACGGCGACAACGAUAACGACGAUUACAAAUCGUUAAAAGGAAAUGCAAAUUGCAUUUUAUUCAAUCAACUGACAUCUUCGUCAUAAUUUUAUCGAUUUCGAGAAGAAAAAAUAAGCAAACAGUUGUGUGAAGGUGUUCAAUGUAAUCGUAUGUGUCGACGCGUAGCGCAUGAAAAAUUCAAUUCUUUGCCUAUGAACGAAUUAGCAAAGCGAUGAUAGUACACAACGAUUCAAAGUGCCCCCGAAAAAUGAGUAUAAAGUCAACAAAAAAGACGUUAAACUGAAACAAUUCACAUAGAGCAAUACAACAAACGCAAAUUAAUCAGUUGAAUUUCCGAAGGUGACAUACCAAAAAAAACAACAGAAAGUGCUCGCAUAUUAAAUUCUGUGGCAUAUCAAACAAAAGAAGUAAAUAUAUAGAGAGAGAGUGUGAUAGAGAAGAAAACGGUGUUGAACAAACCCCGUCAGAAACGAUAAAAUUUGUCAGUUAUAAUAACAAUUGUGUGCAUUAACAUUAGACUGCCAAAUCAGAAUCGAUCACGUUUCGGUGGUUCGAUUGGAAUAGAAGGUGCAAUUAAUGCCGACUUCACUGAGAAGAUGCCUAAGUGAUGUAUCAAUGAUCAUAAUUCGUGCUACGAAUUCGGGUGAACGAGCCUGGAGAGAAGAGUACUUAAAGUAUGUUCCAAUGCGUGUACAUUUUCUAUCCAAUUCACAAACAUUGGCAAUCCUUUUCAUUUUGAUUGUUCAUUUUGGUUUUCGUUUCUUUGUUUGAUUUUCUACAUCUUCAAUAAAAUUUAUGCUGUUCUAUUCUAAAGGAGAGACACGAAAUUUAAAUGAGUAAAAUUAGAACAUUAUUCAACGAUAAUAGGAAAAAUAGAAGAAAUUAGUGAGUUUGGUUUGCCAAUGUUAACGCUUAUGGACAUAUUGUUUAUUGUUUACAAAAUAGUCCCGUUAGGACUUCCAUAAGCGUUGUAUUGACAGUGUAAUACGCUCUGCAAGACAUUUUACUAGAAAUAUUAGCACAAUAUUAGUACUUUUGCACCAAAACUAGAAAAAUUAGAGGACAUAAAGCAAAAAAUAUAUAAAAUUGAGUGUAACUAGACUCUAAUAGAAUUGGUGUCUUGCCCCUAGGUUCUAUUGUGUUUUGAGACGCAGAAUCCUCGCAAAAUAAUUCUCAUAUAGUCACAACAUCAUAUUUCCGACGUCAUAUCGGCUAUUUACUCAACGCUUCUCAUUUUUUUUCCUUCAUUCUGUGUUCCUCUCUGUUUUGUUGACGUAAGCAAUCUCUUUUUUGCUCUCGCGCACCACAAGCCAAACAGUAGCAACAGUUUCAGCAUGCAUGAGACUUGAUCAAUUGCGCACACAUGCGCAUAUAUUCUUGGACAAUGCCCAUAUGUUUAUUCCACACCCAAAAAUUCAAUUGAGAAUCGUUUUUCUGUGCAAAUCUGAUCUGAUGAAAUCCGGCCUCAUACCGAAAAUUCGAUCAGUAGUGUUUUGUCGUCAUAGCUUGUGUGCUUCGAGACAGUUGUUUUGUUUUUAUUAAUUUUUUUCUCUCUGUUGGUUUACAUGUGUCACACAGAAACAACAAGAAAAAACACAGACCACCGUCAAUGCCAUAGUAUAAAUAUUUAUUAAAAUGUAAAAACCGUUGACAAUUUUAGUGUGCCGAUUGGUGUGUGCGAACUGGUAGAACUUCCAAACAAAAUAUUUCGACAGUUCAAUUUGCAAAAUCAACGGGAAAAAAAAUCAGUACAAAAAAAUUCAAGCACAAAAACUAGUCCGCAAAUGAAUUCACAGCAUACACAACUCGAAUUAGAGGAGUUCACGUACGACGGGUAAAUGACAAUGGCUUGUGGCCAAUUUAGUGUGCGAAUAUUUCAAUAGAAACCCUAUUCGAAUAAAUCGACCUGACCGAAGGCAAUUAUCGUGUUUUUUUUCGAGACCAACGUUCAACGUUACACUGUCAAUCUGUCAUCGUUCAUCAGCAGAAAAGCAACAAUUUUUUUAAACGUUCAUUGUUUGUUGCGAAUGCCUAUCGAUUUGUUGUAAUCGUUCUCCGGGAGUUUCAUAUAAGGUUGCCUUGUAGCAAAAAAACGCUUACAGAAUCCCGCAAACCACAACAAUCGAUUCAACGACAUUUCGACUUUGGCUAAAAUGGACUUUGUAAUAUCAUAAAUACUUCAAUUUCCCCCAUUUGAAUGCGUUUCCAUUAUUCAAAGUGCCGCACGGUGCUGUUACACAUUUCAAUUACGUACUCAUACACGCGCGCCAACUUGCAGAACGUCGGUGUAUUUGCAGAAAAUUACCGCUUUCCUCUAAUACAAUACCUCUAAAUGCCAAAUCGGCCAACGCAAAUCUCUUCACUCAUUCGUCGCUAUCUCUAUUUAUUCGAAUAUAAAUAUCGCAUUUGAAUGUGAAAUUAUUUAGAUUAAUUAAUGCAAUGUCAGAGCAACAGAAACCGAAGAAAAGAUCGGCACCGACCAAAAAUUGAAAGUCAAAUCACCGAAACACAAAUCUAACAAUAAUGCAAUUUUUAGCAAACCAACGAUGAAACUCGAUUUUCACUUGCCAUUUUAUUUCGCGUGCAAUUAAUUUCUUCUGUUUCUUUUUUCGGUUCGUGAUGUUUUUCCGAUGAAGAAAGUCAUAAGAUCUAUGUUGAUGCUGCGUUAUUUAUAGCCAUCAUUCUUCAUCAUCAUCGUCACGUAAUUUAUUUAUUGCAAUAGAAGUGUAAUUGCGAGCGCCUCCGUUUGGCUAUAUCGAAAAAAUGGACGAGGAAAUCAUGUGCCCCGAAAAAUUCCGAUGGUAGUUCUGCAAAAUGCAUUCAAUCACCUUAAUCUCCUGUGUAGACUGUCGAGCGACAUUUGCUAGACAUACCGUCAUCCAUUUAUCCAAAAUCAAAAAGUCAUCCAUUGUUAUGAUGUAUUAAAUUCGACCGUCCACACACUUCCGCACUGAAUAAUAUCGGAUUAAAGCAGUCACAGUGUGAUGGAGCACGUGUCCAUUGUGUGAUUCCAUAAGUUAUUAGUUAAUUAUGAUCUCAAUCAACGGCAUUUAUCUGUCCAACUCAGCAAAAAAAAAUAAUUCGCUGUUUUUUUCAUCGUAUGUGCUCCCAAAUGGCGAAAUAUGAAUGAAUGUAGCCAACGCGCGAAAAAAAAAGUUUCAAUUUGUCAGCGCGCGCGCAUACUCAGAAUUAUGAAUUAUAGUGCAAUAAUUUCAUUUGUUACAUUAUCCACUUUUUUCUGUUUCUCACUUAAUUGCGGAAGUAAAAUAAGUUAAAUUGAAUCUAAUUUCAUUUUGAUUUCGAGUUUGGCCACGGCACGAAAUCAUCCAGAUCACAAUCGGAAUAUUGGGCACAGCAAUGAUAAGAAUUUGAGAGAGAUGUAUGAAACCUAUGGAUGAAUGUCUUUGUGUUUGCUAAAAUUGCAAUUGUUAAUAAAGCAGCACAUUAACAACACGGAACCAGUAACAGUGUGGAAUCUGAAAUGAGAAUCUCGUUCAUCAUCUGUCCGGCUUAAUAAAAUGCAAUUUUGAAUUCAAUUCAAUUUCGACUUAAAUUGAACGGAACGUUGAGCAUAGAGCUUUCCUAUGCCAUUUUAAAACUCGUUUUACGUAUGUAAACGAGACUGAAUACGAAGAGAACAAAAAAAAUGCAGUUUAAGUGAUAAAAAUGACAAGCGACACUAAUUUACAAGUUGCGUUAAAUGCGAGAUACCGUCAAACGCGGUUCUCUUCACGGCGGGUACGAAAACGUGUCGUAUUCAAACAUGGAGAUUGUAAUGUUGUUCAAGGGAACGUGGCUAAGCGGCGAAGAAGAUAUUUGCAGGAUAUUUUCACGACAUUAGUGGAUGUGCAAUGGCGUUGGACGAUAUUGGUGUUUGCCAUGAGCUUCAUUGGCACAUGGUCAGCGUUUGCCGGCAUUUGGUGGCUUAUUGCCUUUUCGCAUAACGAUCUGCCCGGCAUGAGAUCGGCCAAUGAAACGUUCACUCCAUGCGUUAUCGAACUCAAAAGUUUUGCUACUUCUUUCUUAUUUUCCGUUGAAACACAGCACACAAUAGGUUAUGGCGUUCGUUCUAUAACGGAUCAAUGUCCGGAGGCGAUAUUCACCAUGUGCAUUCAAUGUAUUUUGGGCGUAUUGAUUCAAGCAUUUAUGGUCGGUAUUGUCUUUGCCAAGUUAUCACGCCCGAAGAAACGUGCGCAAACCUUGCUAUUCUCACGAAAUGCCGUCAUCUGUCACCGAGAUGGAAUUCCAUGUUUGCUGUUCCGUGUUGCCGAUAUGAGGCGAUCGCAUAUCAUUGAAGCGCACGUCCGUGCUCAAAUCAUUCGCAAGAAAGUGACAAAAGAAGGUGAAGUGCUGCCAUUCUAUCAGCAAGAAUUGAAAAUCGGAGCGGACGGCGGUGAGGAUCGUUUAAUGUUCAUUUGGCCCACGACCAUUGUGCAUAAGAUCGAUCGUCAAUCUCCACUGUAUGCAUUGUCUGCACAAGAUAUGCUCAAAGAACGUUUCGAAAUUGUUGUGAUGCUAGAAGGAGUUGUCGAAUCCACCGGGAUGACAACACAAGCGAGAAGCAGUUAUUUGCCCACCGAAAUCUUAUGGGGUCAUCGUUUCGAAAAUGUGGUCACAUUUCGCAAAGAUACCGCCGAAUAUGAAGUUAAUUAUCAAAUAUUUAACAAUACAUACGAAGUAGAUACACCGCUGUGCAGUGCUAAACAAUUGGAUGAAGUUCGAGCCGAACUUCAUCUACCAAAUGGUCUAGAGAGAUUGUGUUCUGCUGGUAUAAUACCACGUGUUUCAUCCGCAGUUUCAUUAGAUCCAAGUGAUGAGUCUGUAGAGUCGACGGGUCGACUACAGAUGAGAUCCUCUUCAAUACCAAAUAAUGCUUCAUUCGAAAGCAACAUUUUUUUAAAUAAUAAUACAACAACGACUAACACCUCCACGAAAAAGAAAUGGUUACCGACACCAAGGCGACUGUCGGUUAAGGCUGAACAAUUACCAAAUGAUUCAAUUUGCUGACAUUCAACAACUUUAGAACUUAGCACAAUAUUUUUUUUCUUCUUAGGCUUAAGUUUCAAAAGCAAAUUUAUUGUAAAUGAAAAUUGUAAAAAAAAAGAAGAAGAUUGAGAAAAACAAACAAUUGUAUCGGAAUCGAAAUUUAGAAAAAAAGGAAACAAAACACAAUCAAAAAAAAAGAAAGAAUUUCAACCGAAUUGUACAAAAUGGAGAAAGAAAAAUCAACAACAAAUUUUAGUAAUAAUGUGAAAUAAACAAAGAUGAAUGAAUCAUCAACAAAGUAAA